AGCGCGGAGCGGAGGCCGGAAGUGCGCGCGCGAGGGGACGGGCAGAGGGCGGAGCACCCGGUCCGGGCCAGGUCGGGGUCGCGGUGCGACUCCGGGCGGCAGCCAUGAGGCGGGACGUGCGCAUCCUGCUGCUGGGCGAGGCCCAGGUGGGGAAGACGUCGCUGAUCCUGUCGCUGGUGGGCGAGGAGUUCCCCGAGGAGGUCCCUCCCCGGGCAGAGGAGAUCACCAUCCCCGCAGACGUCACCCCGGAGAAGGUGCCCACCCACAUCGUGGAUUACUCAGAAGCUGAGCAGACUGACGAGGAGCUCAAGGACGAGAUCCACAAGGCAAACGUGGUGUGUGUGGUGUACGAUGUCUCCGAGGAGGCCACAAUUGAGAAGAUCCGAACCAAGUGGAUCCCGCUGGUGAAUGGGGGGACCGAGAAGGGGCCCAGGGUGCCCAUCAUCCUGGUGGGUAACAAGUCAGACCUGCGGCCGGGGAGCUCUGUGGAAGCCGUGCUUCCCAUCAUGAACCAGUUCCCCGAGAUCGAGACCUGCGUAGAGUGUUCAGCCAAGAACCUGAGGAACAUCUCAGAACUGUUCUACUAUGCCCAGAAGGCUGUCCUGCACCCCACAGCUCCCCUGUAUGACCCUGAGGCCAAGCAGCUGAGGCCCGCGUGCAUCCAGGCCCUCACACGCAUCUUCAGACUCUCAGAUCAGGACCUGGACCAGGCGCUCAGUGACAAGGAGCUCAAUGCCUUCCAGAAAGCCUGUUUUGGGCACCCGCUGGCCCCACAGGCGCUGGAGGACGUGAAGAUGGUGGUGCGCAAGAACGUGGCGGGCGGCGUGCAGGGCGAUCGGCUGACCCUGGACGGCUUCCUCUUCCUGAACACCCUCUUCAUCCAGCGUGGCCGGCAUGAGACCACGUGGACUAUCUUGCGGCGCUUCGGCUACAGUGACACUCUUGAGUUGACGGCCGACUACCUUUACCCGCCGCUCCACGUGCCCCCUGGCUGCAGCACCGAGCUCAACCACCUGGGCCACCAGUUUGUGCAGAGGGUGUUUGAGAAGCACGACCAGGACUGUGAUGGCGCCCUGUCACCUGCGGAGCUGCAGAGCCUCUUCAGUGUGUUCCCAGCUACUCCCUGGGGCCCUGAGCUCCUGGGCACGGUCUGCACCGAGGCCGGCUGGCUGCCGCUACACGGAUACCUUUGCCAGUGGACGCUGCUGACCUACCUGGAUGUCCAGCGCUGCCUCGGGCACCUUGGCUACCUGGGCUACCCCACCCUCUGCGAGGAUUCCCAGGCCCAGGCCAUCACAGUCACCCGAGAGAAGAGGCUGGACCAGGAGAAGGGGCAGACACAGCGCAGCGUCCUCAUGUGCAAGGUGGUGGGCGCCCGAGGAGUGGGCAAGUCUGCCUUCCUGCGCGCCUUCCUUGGCCACGGCCUGGGGCGCCAGGACGCCAGGGAGUCCCCUGCGGAGCCCCCUACCUACGCCAUCAACACCGUGCAGGUCAACGGGCAGGAGAAGUACCUGAUCCUGUGUGAGGUGGGCGCAGACAGCCUGCUAGACGCCUCCCUGGAUGCUACCUGUGACGUUGCCUGCCUAAUGUUUGACGGCAGGGACCCAGAGUCCUUUUCAUACUGCACCAGCAUCUACAAGCGCCACUACAUGGACGGGCAGACGCCUUGCCUCUUCCUCUGCUCCAAAGCCGACCUGCCCACAGGCGCCACAGUGCGCGGCCUGUCACCAGCAGAGUUCUGCCGCAGGCACCGGCUGCCCGCCCCCGUCCCAUUCUCCUGCGCUGGCCCGGACGAGCCCAGUACUGCCAUCUUUACCCGGCUCGCCACCAUGGCCGCCUUCCCACACUUGGCCCGAGCAGAGCUGCGUCCCUCCUCCUUCUGGCUCCGGGGGAUCCUGGGGCUCGUCGGGGCUGCUGUGGCCGCGGUGCUCAGCUUCUCGCUCUACAGGGUCCUGGUGAAGAGUCGAUGAGGCCCCUGGGACCCCGAGCCCUCCCUGACCUGCGGGGCUCCCUGCGGACAGCAUGGCUGUGGGGUGUGGGCUCCCAGCCCAGCAGUCUGACCUCGGGCCCCAGGUGCUGCCGUAGGGCCGCCGCUCAGGGAGCUCCCUUCUCUCCAACCCUCAGCUUCUGACUCACUCUGCCCCUGGGCAGGGCCCUCCAGCCUGCGGCGCGGCGCCCUGGCUUCUGCCUGGGCCCGAGGUGGCCGUGGCAGGUGUGUGGCAGGAUCCCCGCGUGCCGCCACACCGCAGGCACUGUGCUCCUUUGUGGGCUUUGUGUGUGUUGGGCUGGGAGACACAGGCGACCCCAGACCCAGGAUUCUCAGGGCUCCACCUCUUUCCUGGUCCUGGGUGGCCGGUGGCUGUGAAGGGGCUGGAAUGCAGAGCUUGGGCCGAGGUGGGGACUGGGCUCCCCCACCCUUCCAUUAGAUCUGGAGCCUUCCCACGGUUGUACCCAUGGUGGAAGACACAAGGUUGG